GCAGUUAUAUAUACCCCACUCACCCUCCACUUCUUCAUCCUUCCAUCCAUCCAGCGACUCACUAGUCUCAUCUCUUGUGUUUGGCCAUGGCGGAGGCCGGCGGAGGGAAGAGGAUCUGCGGCAUGCCGGAGAAGGUGCAGCUGCACGUCGCCAUGCUCGCGCUGCAGUUUGGCUACGCCGGUUUCCACGUCGUGUCCCGGGCGGCGCUCAACAUGGGGAUCAGCAAAGUCGUCUUCCCGGUCUACCGCAACAUUAUCGCCUUGAUCCUCCUUGUCCCCUUCGCAUACUUCCUCGAGAAGAAAGAUAGGCCGCCCAUGACGCUCUCCUUCCUCACCCAGUUCUUCCUCCUCGCUCUGUGCGGGAUAACGGCGAACCAGGGAUUUUACUUGCUUGGGCUUGACAACACUUCUCCCACCUUCGCCUCCGCCAUCCAGAACUCUGUUCCUGCCAUCACCUUCGCCAUGGCCGCCGCCCUCAGAAUCGAGAAGGUGCAGCUCAACCGGCGAGAUGGCAUCGCGAAGGUGGCCGGAACGCUCGCAUGCGUCGGCGGCGCCACCAUCAUCACGCUUUACAAAGGGCCGUCCAUAUUCAGUCCCAUGACGCUGAACUCGGUAGCGCCGCCUGCCAUGGCGGAGGGGAAGAACUGGACGCUCGGCUGCGUCUACCUCAUCGGCCACUGCUUGUCGUGGUCGGGGUGGCUGGUGCUCCAGAAGCCGGUGCUGAUGAAGUACCCCGCCAGGCUCUCCGUCACCUCCUACACCUGCUUCUUCGGCGUCAUCCAGUUCCUCAUCAUCGCCGCCUUCAUCGAACGCGACGCCGACGCUUGGGCCUUCCACUCCGGCGGCGAGCUCUUCACCAUCCUAUACGCCGGAUUUGUUGCAUCUGGAGUCGCCUUUGCUGUCCAAACAUGGUGCAUCGACAGGGGAGGCCCUGUGUUUGUGGCCGUGUACCAGCCAGUUCAAACUCUGGUGGUUGCAAUUAUGGCCUCGAUCGCGUUAGGGGAGCAAUUCUACCUCGGCGGCAUCAUUGGAGCCAUCUUUAUCAUUGCUGGCCUCUACCUGGUACUGUGGGGCAAGAGCGAGGAGAGAACCUUUGCGACUAAGGAGGCAUCCACUAUCUCUUCCGGUCGCGAGCAUGAUGGUAUCAGACCAACAACUGCCUCCUUCAUCAAAGCUUCUUCCAACCUCACUCAGCCACUGUUGCCCUCAUCCACCUCUGAAACUGUUUGAUCUGAUCUGUAAGAUUGCCUAGGUUUUCUAAGAUUCCUGAUGGAGAUUUCAUGAGAAAUAUGUAACUGCUUGUUAUGCUGUUAUAAGAAGCUAUGAAGUGUGGUUUUGGUUUGCUUGAA